AUGGUGCUUGAUGAGGAUGGAAGAUGGGUUAAGGGGAAUUCGAUGAAGGAAAAAUUUGUUAAUCAUUUUAAGAAUUUCUUGGGAUGUGAAGAUGACACAGAUUUAUCUAUUCUUAAUGAAAUUUCUUUUCAUAAUAAGUUGGAUAGAAAUGUGGCCAUGAAUAUGAUAAGGGUAGUUACUGAUGAUGAAGUUAAAGUGGCUAUGUUCGAUAUUGCUGAUAACCAUGCCCCUGGACCUGAUAGGUUUUCUUCUAAAUUCUUUAAGUGUGCUUGGAAUAUUGUUGGGCCUGAGGUAUGCAAAGCAGUGAGGGAAUUCUUCUGGACCGGGAAAUUAUUGAAGGGUAUUAAUGCCACUAGGAUUGUGCUGAUUCCUAAAGUGGAUAGUCCAAGAAAAGUCACUGAUUUUAGGUCUAUUGCUUGUUGCAACACUUUUUAUAAGUGUAUCAGCAAAAUAAUUGUUAACAGGAUAAGGAACAAUUUAGGUGAUAUUGUUAGCAAGAAUCAAUCUGCCUUUAUUCAAGGAAGAUCAAUUCUUGAUAAUAUUCUGCUUGCUCAAGAAUUGAUGGUGGGGUAUAAAAAUAAGAAAGGAAGGCCAAAAUGCACCUUAAAGAUUGAUAUACAAAAGGCGUAUGACACUGUGGAUUGGAAAUUUCUUAAGAGGAUCCUGUUGGAAUUUGGAUUUCAUCCGAUCAUGGUUAAUUGGAUUAUGGCAUGUACUUCUUCUACAUGGUUUAUGAUGAAUUUUAAUGGAGAAGAUCAUGGAUAUUUUGAAGGAAAAAGGGGGCUGCGACAAGGAGAUCCUUUAUCUCCUUACUUGUUCACUUUGGUUAUGGAGGUUUUCAAUUUAUUAUUGCUGAAGAAAAUUGAUGAUAGCAAUAGAUUCAAAUAUCAUUGCAAAUGUGAAAAUCAGAAAAUUACUCAUUUAUGUUUUGCAGAUGACUUACUUGUGUUUGCUUAUGGCAAUGGGAAUUCUGUGAGAGUGAUAAAGUCUGCUCUUGAUGACUUUAAAACUGUUUCGGGGCUGAAAGCAAGUAUGGAGAGAAUACUUUCUUUUGCUGGAAGAUUACAGCUCAUAAAUUCUGUGUUGGCUUCAACUCAUGUUUAUUGGGCUUCUAUAUUCAAAAUUCCUAUUGCUACUAUUAAGGAGAUUGAAUCGAUUUGUAGGAGUUUCUUGUGGGCUAAAGGAGAAGUGGUCAAAGGGAAAGCCAAGGUUAAAUGGAGUGAUGUUUGUAAACCAAAGAUAAAUGGAGGUCUUGGAAUUAAGAACUUGAGAUUAUGGAAUGAUGCUUUGUUAUCCAAGCAUGUUUGGAAUUUGAUUAAUAACAAAAACUCUCUGUGGGUUCAAUGGAUGAGAGAAAAUUAUAUUGGUAAAAGGAAUUUUUGGGAUAUAUGGAAAAAGAAAAGUAUGAAUUGGACUUGGAAGAGAUUUUUGGAAUUGAGGAAAAUUAUUAGACCUCAUGUUGUUUCUUGUAUUGGAAAUGGGGGGAAUACUUCAUUGUGGCAUGAUUGGUGGCAUCCAAUUGGUAUUUUAAGUACAAUUAUUGCUAGGAGGGAUUGGAUUAGAAAUGGUUUUAAUGAUAAUUCUUUAGUCAGUGAUGUUAUGAAUAAUGAUUCUUAUGCUUGGCCCGUUGAUUGGGUGAAUAAGUUUCCUGGAUUGAUUGAUGGGCCCAUGUUCUGCAAUAUUGGAAAUAAUAGGGAUAUGAUUGUUUGGAGGGAUAUGAAAGGCUUGAGUAAGAAAUUUUCUUGCAAACAAGUUUGGAGAGAUAUUAAUAAUUUUGGAGACAAGCUGGCGUUUCCUGUGAUUCAGAAAGAGGUUAGAAGGUUAUGGAAGAAUGUGGGUCUAGAAGAGGGGAUGUUAUCUAUAUUGGAGGGCAGUCCUUGGUUGUUGUUCAAUAAUAUGCCUUUAUUCCUUCAAAGGUGGAGACCAGGAUUGACUUUAACUAAGAAUAGGCAAGAUAAAAUUCCGGUGUGGAUUAAAUUUUUUUUACCUUUGGAAGUAUGGAGUGGUGAAAAUUUGUGUAUCAUUGCUAGCAAGAUAGAGAUUCCAUUGGCUUUUGACUCUUUUACAGAGGAUAUGUGUUUGGAACAUAAAGGUAGAAAUGCUUAUGCUCGAAUUCUUGUUGAAAUGGCAGCUGAGAAGGAAUGGAGAAAGAAAAUAGAAGUUUCUAUAUGGGAUUUUGUUUCUAAUUCUGCUGUGAUUCAAAGUUUUGAUGUUGAGUAUGCUUGA